GAAGAGGACGACACAGAUGCGCUAUUCGACGAGCUAGAGAAUGACACCUACGACUUCUCAGGUCUGAGGGAGCAGCGUAUGGAGGAGCUGAAGCGGGACUUGGAGCGCACACGGGCACAGGAUGAGGUACAUGGGCGAUAUACAGAACUCACAGAGGAGAAGGAUGUUAUCCAAACCAGCGCGAAGGAACCACUCUGUGUCAUCCAUUUCUACCACCGGGAUUUCCGGCGAUGCAAGAUCAUGGAUUCCCACCUCGAGGCGCUCGCUCCCAACUACCCCGGCACACGCUUCCUUCGCGUUCUGGUAGAGAACGUGCCCUUCCUCGUCGACAGGCUGCAGAUCAAAGUCCUGCCUUGUGUAGUCUGUUUCGUAAAGGGGGUGACGAAGGACCGCCUGGUGGGGUUUGAGCAGCUGGGGAACGCGGACGAGUUCGAGACGGGCGUGUUGGAGUUGAGGCUAAAGCAGAGCGGCGUGAUUGAGGACGCUCCGCGCGUGCCGUUGAGAACUCGGUAUAGCGAGCCAGAGAGACGGUCAGGCAUUCGGAACUCUUGCCUUGGAGAUGAGGAUGAUGACCCGUAUGCAUGAGGCAUGAGCAUGAGACUAAGAUUAGUCCACCCGUCAUGUUGCCACGCCUGGGCUGAGCGGCAACGGACGUGUUGACGUGUCCCUUUCUGUCCCCGCAAUGUUCGACCGAUGCUUUCUAUUGAGCACAACGUGCACGCUGCCUGCCUCUCUUGCCCU